CUGCCGCCGCCGCCGCCGCAGCCCGCGCGCCCCACUCCCGGGACGCUCCCUGCGCGGCUAGGGGCGCACCAUGGCGCGUCGGGCCGCCCUGGCGCUGCUGCUGUUCGGCCUGCUUGGAAGCCUGGUGUCCACCCAGGAUGAUUUCGAUUUAUCGCUCGCCCUUGACGAUGACAAGAAGCCCACUUCUCCUCCACCAAAACCGGCGCCCGGGAAUGACGACUUCGAUUUAACCGAUGCCCUUGGUGGUGGAGGAAAAGAUGACCGAGUAUCACCCAACCCACCGAAGCCAAAACCUCAGCCAAAUCCCAAGCAGCCUGGCACUUCUGGUAACGAUAACUGGGAUUUAAGUGAUGCCCUUGGUGGUGGAGGAAAUGAUGGCGGAUCAUCACCCGACUCACCAAAGCCAAAACCUCAGCCAGACCCCAAGCAGCCUGACUCUUCUGGCGAAUCGCCAGGCGUGAUCCCCGGGAUCGUGGGUGCCGUCGUGGUGGCCUUGGGAGGAGCCAUCUCCAGCUUCAUCGCCUACCAGAAGAAGAAGCUGUGCUUCAAAGAGAACGCCGAAGAAGGCGAGGUCAACAUGGAGAACCAUCGCACCAACGCUGAGCCACCAGUUCAACAGACUCUUCUGGAGAAAUAAAGACAUUUGGCAGCCAAGUAACUCACUGCGGGAUUGCAAGCUUGCGUGCUGAGCCUCUCCAGAGAUGGGCUGGAGGAGCAGAGACGGCCUGCUGGGACCUCGCCCCGGCUUGUCCGUGCCUUCGCUCAAAUUGGAUUCCUCGUUUUAACACCGGGAUGCCUUACUCCCCACUCCCCCGCUCCACCACGUCCCUCUCCACCGUGCUGGGCGGGUGAAACUGACUUGUGGUGAGUUUUCCAUCCACGGAGGGAGAUCACACUCACCUUCUCCAUGACUCAGGACAUUCCCCUGAGUGCAGGGAACGUCCGACUGACCGACCAAUCGCCAAGUCCCAACCAAGUCGCCAAGUUCUCAGCCGUCAUCGUUCGAACGCCACCAAGGUUCCCCGAACAGAAACUCUGGACCGUUUACAAACUGCCUGUAAAUGGAAUGCUUCUGAAACCUCUCCUGACCAUUGACUCUUUAACGGAGUGGGUGUUAAGCCUCAAGCGAGUUUCCUCAAAGGUUCUUUCAUUUCUCAUGAAUUUUUUUUCCCACACCAGAUUAAUAAAAAGAAACUUAGAAAUCAAGUCCUAUUUAUGUAAAUGUCUUGCUGGGAGGUGCCUUUUAAAGAAGCCUGUUUGAAACUUUGUGAAACUAGUGACAUGGAUUACCAGAUCCCUUUUGUGUAAGAGAGACAUCACCCUAAGCACUAGCUCUUUAUUUCUGGCAUUUGCUUUUAUCUGUUCCUUCCCUUCUUUGCUCACAUUGGUGGUGUUGCUUUCCUUCCUAAGUCUUGGCGGACUCUUUGCAACCCCAGGGACUGUAGCCUGCCAGGCUCCUCUGUCCAUGGGAUUUUGCAGGCAAGGAUACUGGAGUGGGUUGCAUUUCCUUCUCCAGUUGAUGCCAUUGUGGGGGAAAUAUUUGUUAGCAGUCCUUCUCCCCUGCAAUCAGAUUCUUUCCUGUGUCUUCCAUGUAGGUAAAUGUCAGGAAUUUGUUUUUUAUGAUCUUUAUAACACAUUUAUCAGCUUCCACGGGAGAGCUUGGUUUAACUUGGGGGCCACACUGUUUUGUGAGAGACAGUGUCCUAUACUUUCUAACAUCUUAGAGGGUGGACUGAGUGCUUGCUCUUCUCUUGGCUAUCAGCGUUGACUUCUCUGCCUUUGAAAGCAAUUCCUCCACUCAUGACAAUGCACACGCCGCACGACGUCCAAAAUGCACGCUUUUAUGUGUUGAGUUGGCCAAAACGUUCGUUUGGUUUUAAGUAAAAAUAAAAUACAUGUUGUUUUCAGCCACAGCUGUACUGAGCAACGUGUUCAUCGAACGAACCUUUUGGACAACGCCAUACGAGGGCUUUGCUUGGUUUUUUGUUUAUUUCAGAAAGCAUGGAAGCCUUGAUAUUGCAGAUGGGCUGGACCCCACCCAUAGACUUCCCUCUCCAGAAAUAAGAGGUUGUUUCCCUAAUUUUCUCGUAGCACACGCCUGCUUGCGUAACGCUCUGAGGGUAGUUUUCCAGAGAAUCAGCAUCUCAUUACUGAUGAUGGUUGAAGAACCAUUGUGUGCUUCACAGCACUCACUGUGGAUGCAAAGAGAUGUUCUCAGCACACCUGUGUGGGCUGCCCUCACAAACCGCCCGACCUGGGAAGGGGCAGCCAUCAGGGUGUUGCCUAGUCACUCCGUUGUGUCCCGACUCUUUGCGACGCCACGGACUGUGGCUCCACCAGGGUCCUCAGUCCGUGAGAUUCUCCAGGCAAGAAUCCUGGAGUGGGUUGUCAUUUCCUCCUCCAUCAAAAAGUUCUUUUGGGUUUUUCUGAAACAUCUCAUGAAAAGCUCACAAUCGAUUUUUUUGGCCAACCCCAUAUCGGUCAUGAAUUCUGGGUCUUUCCUGCCCGGAAGCUCAGACACUCUUGUCAGUUGUUUUGUGGGGUGGUUUGCAACUGAGCCAUCCCCUGCUGUUGAAGGCUCAACCCCCCUCUCUCCACGACCCCUCCUCCCAUCAUUGUUGAAAAGCAUUGGGGGUUUCCUUCUCAAGGUAUUCCUGGAGACCACCAUCUGUCUAUUGAACUUGCUCUGUCUUUGACACUCUGAUAGUUUUUGCAUAUAUGAAAUGAUUUUUAAAAAUGAAGAUUGAGUAUUUAUCAUAUCCAUUCAUUGCUUCAUAUGACAAAUGCCCGUGGCCCGGGUGUGUGCCGGGGUGGAUGUGACAUCUGGGUUCUACAGGACAGAACACAAAUAAAUGUCUUCAGUCAAUGGAAGGGGUCGACCAGUUGUCAAGAGCUGAGGGUUGGAUUAAUCAAUAUGCUCACAUCCUCUUGCUAACUAGCUCAGGUCACCCAGUUACAAAGCUAGCAGAGAGUGUCCACAUUCACCCCCGAUGAGUUCUCAGAGUCUGUGCUGUGACUUGCUUUAUAAAAAGAAAAAAACUGUGUAAAGUCUUUGAAACUCUGUGAAUAAUGUCGACAUUUUUAUAAGCAUUGCAAUCAUACCAUAAGCAUAAAUGUCUCUUUAAACAACAGAAUAGUGAGAGGGUUAAGUAGAGGAAAUUGUGACUCAUUCCUGAAUCUAUACAUGUGAGAAAGAAGUCAACUGGGCUUUUAUUAUAGACAGUGUAUGUACAUGGUUGUAGACUCAGCUCAGUUUCUUGUUGACAUUAAAAUGAAUAGGACUUUAUCAAAGGUGGGGCCUUUUGAAAAAUUGAGUUUCAAUUGGGUGGUUUGAUGAGUAAAUGCUUGGCAUGCUGAUUGCUUUUAGAAAUCAUUUUGGAACUCCUGUAUAAGGAAAUCAUACUCCAACAGGUUUUGAAAUCAACGUCAAGUUUUUUAUUAAAUGAGACUAUACCAGCAGAGGAUUUGUUACAAGUCUUGGUCUUAAUGGAUUUGAUCAACCCAUGUAAACUGUGGUCAAAUUUUUGCUGUGAGAUGCUGCAGUGAAUAGUGUUGGAAGUAUGGUUUUGUGGCUCCAUGCAAGUGCAAUGUAUGUGUUGCAUCAAUGCCUGAGGCUGACUUUGUGAGGGGAAAAAAAAAAGCAUGUGUAUAUUUAAUUUUUAUGGACAUUGCCCAAACACCCCCUAUAGAGGUUCUGCAAAUUCACAAUACACCCCAAUGAUGUCAGAUUUGUCUCCUCACCACUGAGCAAACUUUCUGAUCGGUGCCAGUCUCUGAGUUGAAGAAGAUAUCCCAUCAACUGUGUUUAUGUAACAUUUGUCUUCAUGCAAGUGAGAUUGAGAAUCUGUGUGUGGGAGACCCAUUGCCAUUCUGUGUUUGAAGGAAAUGAAUAUGCUGUUUGCCUGUAUGUGUUACUGGUCCUUUUCUUAUUGAUUUGUAGGAACUCUUCACAUAUUAAAGAUACGACUUGACAUAA